AUGUUCAUGCAGUCGUCCCAACUUAUGUGUCACAAGGCCAUCCACUCAGGCGAGAAACCAUUCAAAUGUCCAGACUGCAACAAGUGCUUUGGCCGAGCCUCACACUUGAAAACCCAUCAGAGGCUGCACACGGGUGAAAAGCCUUUUAAGUGUACACAGUGUGAUAAAGCUUUUAUACAAAAAGCCGGACUUGUAGUUCACAUGCGUCUGCACACAGGCGAGAGGCCUUUUAAAUGCGAAAAGUGUGGGAAGGGCUUCCGCACAUCAACUCACCUGCUGAACCAUCAGGCUCUGGAGUUAAGUGAGAGCAGGUACGUCUGUGCCACGUGCGAAAAAGGCUUCAGGUCAAUGUCAAUGUUAAAACAACAUGAAAAAAGCCACCAGACGCUCUGCUGUAGCGUGUGCUCGGGAGCCUUCGCACAAUCCUCAUAUCUGCAGCUGAAACUGCACAUACGCAACGGAGAGCAUCUCUACCAUUGCAAGGUGUGCAACAAGACAUUUAUAAAGAUGUCCACCUUCGAGAAACACUGCGUAAAGCACCAGAUGCAGACAGAUGAAGGAGAGGCCGAGUGCGAAGAAGAGAAAGCUGGGGAUGAUCCCCUAUUUCAGCCUUUUGUCACAGAUUCCUCAACAUCCUCAAAAUCAGAAGUCAACACACGUUCCAAAACAAGAGCAAAAAUUAGGAGUAAAAUGGAAAACUGA